AUGAUUGAGAAACAGAGAGAGAUCAGAGAGGUGGAUAAACAGCUCCAGACAAACAGAGAGUUGCAGCAGAGGGAAAAGGAGGUGCAGGAUCAGGCUGACGGCCAACGGGGGGCACUACAAAGAUACACAGACCAGCAGAGCUGCAGCAUUCUGCAGAAGAAAAACCUGCUGUCUCAGCUACAGACAGAGCUAGACCAGAUACGCUCCAACACUCUCAGAUGGGAGAGCACAUGGUACCACAUCCAAACCACAGCAGUAAAGGAGAUGCUUCUAUUGGGCCAAAUCAAAGAGGUAACCUUUAGCCUUUACCACAUGAUGGGCGGGACCGCAGGGCAGGAAGAGGGAGUGGCCAUCAAUGACACAGUGACCCAGCUGGAGAAGGUAGUGAUGUCAUUAUGUCAUAGAUUGAGGUUUGUGAUGUCACAGAUGGAGUAGAUUUAUGAUGUCACAGCUGGAGAAGGUCAGUGAUGUUACAGAUGGAGGUUUGUGAUGUCACAGAUAGGGAGGGUUAGUGAUGACAGCUGAAGGUCAGCUAUUGCAGCGUUCAUUUGCUAGUCGGAACUAGGAAACUCUACAUUUCCAACUUGCUGUUUGUAGUUAUACACGUGCCGCGUUCAAUGAAUCAGCAAGUCUGAUUUUUGAGUUUCCUAGUUCCGACUAGCAUAUGAAUGUGGCAUAUGUCACAGUGAUGUCAGAGUUGGAGAAGGUUAGUGAUGUCACCUUAUUGUCACAGCUAGAGAAGGUUAGUGAUGUCACAGUUAGAGAAGGUUAGUGAUGUCACAGUGAUGUAGAGUAGGGGAGAAAUGAAUUUGCUAACAGUAAAAUCUAAAUGUAUUUU